AUGUCGAAGCUCGUUGAUUCUUCCGAAGUGAUGACUUCUCGUCGAUAUGUUCACCUCCCUACAGAGGUCUUGAUCCACAUUGCCGGAUUCAUUUUUGAUGGCUGGCGAACCCUCGAUGGCCCCUUUUUUCAGGUUACACUUCAAAGAUUCUGUGCGGUCUCAAGCCAGUGGUACUCUGCUGGUAUUGAAUUCCUCUAUUACCGACCUCAGCUUGACCGAGGGAACAGCUUCUCGCUUUUUACCAAAACUGUGUGUCCAUCAAUUCGCUCCAGAGAGCGCAAGGUGGACUUGGGAUCGCUCGUUCAUGUCCUGGACCUCGGACGAUUGGUACAUCACAGCUCCAAUAGCCUGACGGCACGGCUUCUAGGCCGAGUGAAGAAGAAUUUGGAGAAAUUUGUUGCUCCAAGGGUCUCUUUUGCGAUCAACAGCCUUGCCCCCUUGGCCAAGUGCAAAAAGCUUUCCUAUCUCUGCCUUGACUUUGUGGCUGACCCAAUUCCGCUUUCUGCUCUCAAGAAAGCCAUCAGCGGCCUCGACAAAUUGAUAACGAUUAAACUUUCAUCUUCAAUGUUUAUCACGGAUGAUGGUUCAAUUGAAGAUUGGCCACCCAAUCUGGAAUACCUCCAGGUUGCCGGGAGAUUUGAUAUCGAGAAAAUGUCAUUUUUCAGGUGGCCCCCAAAGUUGGUAGGGCUGACAUUUUGUGGUUGCGAGAAUCUGGACACUUCCGUCUUAGAAGAGAUUCUUAUCAACGAGCAGCUCUGCACCACGCUUCGGCAGUUGACCCUUCACCGUUCCAACCGUGAGAUGUUUGAGGAGGGACCAUCUGAGAUCUUAUCAACACUCAUUGCUUUGAAGUCUCUUCGGAUACCCGUUGAUCUGCUUUACGAUUUACUCAUUCUGCCUGUGUUUGAUUCUCCUAUCUCAAUUCGUGAGCUAGAGCUCACGGAGCCAUAUGACGAGGAUUUUCCUGCGGAAUUUGACGUCGAUGAAUUUUGCAAGGCCUUGAACACGAAUAUUUCUCGGGUGUGCUAUAUCGGUAUCAGUCCUGGCUGUCUUAGGAUAAUACCCCAAGAAUCACAUGCCAAAAUUGACAAGUGGGUGUGGAAAAACAUUGAUAAGUGUCCUGAGGAGGAACUCGAUUUUCUUUUUGACAUGGGUUUCGUUGUCAUGGAUAAGGAGCCAGUCUGCUAA